GUUUGACGCAAAAGCGCUUCUGGAGAAGCUGCGGGGGAAGCGCUUAAUGUUCGUGGGGGACUCGUUGAACCGGAAUCAGUGGGAGUCCAUGGUGUGCUUGCUCCAGUGGGUCGCACCGUGGGACAAAAAAACCCUGGUCAAAAAUGGCUCGCUCAAUGUGUUCACACUCCAGGAGUACAACGCGACGGUGGAGUUCUACUGGGCGCCGUUCCUGGUGGAGUCGAACUCCGACGAUCCGACGAUCCACAGCAUCCAGAACCGGAUCAUCAUGCCGACGUCGAUCGCGAAGCACGCCGCGAACUGGAAGGGGGUGGACUACCUCAUCUUCAACACCUACAUUUGGUGGAUGAACACCCCCAGAAUGAAAGUCCUGCGGGGAUCGUUCGAUAAAGGAUCGACGAAGUACGACGAGAUCGAUCGGCCGGUCGCGUACCGGAGGGUGCUGAAGACGUGGGCUAGAUGGGUGGAGAAGAAUGUGGAUCUGAGGAAAACAAUGGUGUUCUUCAUGAGCUCUUCUCCCAUUCAUAUCAAGAGUGCCGGGUGGGGCAAUCCGAACGGCAUCAAGUGCGCGCUGGAGACGACGCCGGUGGCAAACCGGACGAAGCCGCUAGAGCUGGGCACGGACUGGCGGCUGUUCGCGGUGGCGGCGGAGACGGCGCGGUGGCUGAACCGGCGGGGGACGCCGGUCCACUUCGUGAACAUCACCGCGCUAUCGGAGGUCCGGAAGGACGCGCACACGUCCGUCCACACCCUCCGGCAGGGCAAGCUGCUGACACCGGAGCAGCAGGCGAACCCCGCGAUGUACGCCGACUGCAUCCACUGGUGCCUGCCUGGCGUGCCGGACACCUGGAACGAGUUCCUCUAUGCGCAAAUUAUAUCCGGCCCGCGAAAGCAAUAAAAAUACGAGUUGGGGCCAAUUCGCUCGUCAUUUUUUUUCUUUUUUAUUUUUUCUUUUUCUCCUCAUUUUUUUGAAAAAAAUUUAAGAAAAGUUAGUUUUUUUAUUAUUAUUAUUUCGAAUUUUUAAAAUUUUGAAUUCGUUAUUUCCCUAUUUGUGGGGGAGGCAUGUGGUAGGUUUCUUUUUAUUAGGUUUUGGAAAAAGCUGGAAAGGUGGUUUGGUCGAGUUAGUGUGAUUGUGACCACCAUUAAUAGAUGAUGUAACAUCAGAAGAGUAUGAGACUUGGGUUAAUUUGUAUAGUAAAUUUAUAAAAUUGCCCUUGACCUUUUAUUAAUAUUUAAAAACAAAAUGUAUUUUAUAGGGGAGUUUA